CCUAUCAACUAAGAGUGUGCCAACCUCCACCACCCGUACCCAAUGCUGAAAUUUUGACAGAAGAUGAUGAAUUUGAAAUAGGUGAUAUUAUUAGGUAUCAGUGUCUUCCAGGAUUUACUUUGGUUGGUAAUGCAAUUUUGACAUGCAGGUUGGGAGAACGACUCCAGAUGGAUGGAGCACCUCCAGUUUGUCAAGUGCUCUGUCCUGCCAAUGAAUUACGGCUAGAUUCUACAGGAGUCAUAUUGAGCCCUGGAUAUCCUGACAGUUAUCCAAAUCUUCAAAUGUGUGCCUGGAGCAUUUCAGUGGAAAAGGGUUAUAAUAUCAGCAUGUUUGUAGAAUUCUUCCAGACAGAAAAGGAAUUUGAUGUUCUUCAGGUGUAUGAUGCUUUCUACUGUAGUACACCGGAAUCCCCACCUCAUGGAUACAUUAUCAGUCAGACAGGUGGGCAGCUUAACAGUGUGGUCCGCUGGGCCUGCGAUCGAGGAUUCCGGCUUGUUGGGAAAAGCAGUGCCGUGUGCAGGAAGUCUUCCUAUGGCUAUCAUGCAUGGGAUGCACCAGUCCCUGCUUGUCAAGUUAUUUCCUGUGGAGAACUACCUACACCUCCAAAUGGAAAUAAGAUUGGAACUCAAACUUCAUAUAGCUCAACAGCUAUCUUUACCUGCGAUUUGGGAUUCAUGCUUGUGGGCUCCACUGUACGAGAAUGCCUGUCUUCAGGUCUUUGGAGUGGAUCUGAAACAAGAUGCCUAGUUGUUACAUGUCCAAGCAUCAAUUCUUUUACCUUGGAACACGGAAGAUGGCGAAUUGUGAACGGCUCCCAUUAUGAAUACAAAACCAAGGUAGUUUUCAGCUGUGACCCUGGUUAUCAUGGACUAGGUCCUGCUUCUAUUGAAUGUCUUCCUAAUGGUACCUGGAGUUGGAGAAAUGAAAGACCAUAUUGCCAAAGUGAUGCUGCAGGUGCAUGUGGAGAUCCAGGAACUCCCGGUCAUGGUUCUAGACAGGAAAGUGAUUUCAGAACUAAAAGCACUGUACGUUUUGCUUGUGAUACUGGUUAUAUCCUUCAUGGCUCAGAAGAAAGAACGUGUUUAGCUAAUGGCAGCUGGACUGGAAGGCAGCCAGAGUGCAAAGCUGUACAGUGCGGUAACCCAGGGACAACAGCCAAUGGGAAAGUCUUUCGAAUCGAUGGCACAACAUUUUCUAGUUCCGUUAUUUAUUCCUGUACGGAGGGAUAUAUCCUUUCUGGACCUUCAGUUAGACAGUGCACAGCCAAUGGAACAUGGUCUGGAACUUUGCCUAAUUGUACAAUAAUCAGUUGUGGAGACCCAGGUAUACCAGCCAAUGGACUGAGAUAUGGAGAUGAUUAUGUGGUUGGACAAAAUGUUUCUUACAUGUGCCAGCCAGGCUACACAAUGGAAUUGAAUGGCUCCAGAAUCAGGACUUGUACUACUAAUGGCACAUGGAGUGGAGUAAUGCCAACUUGUAGAGUACUGAAAAAUGGCUGA